AUGCUGUUUACCGUAUGGGAUAUACCAGUACCUGGUCUUAUCAUACGAAUGAUAAGCGAUCCAGAUUCGACGCCUAAUAUUAAAAUAGAAAAGGAACUCUUACAAGGUAUUUCCGAUGCUGCUACUGCAUCAGGCGCAUGGAUUAUUACAAGUGGUUAUAAGGAAGAGAGUAUUGUAGAACUAGUUGGUGAAGUAGUUUUCAAAAGUCGGAUAAAAAAUCCUGAUAUAAAUUUCAGUGCAAUCGCUGUUGGAAAAUGGGGUAAUAUUCAAGAUUGUCAACAACUUGAAAGGUUUGAUUUGCCGAUUGCUUGA